GGAUUGCAGCAGCACACCGGUUUCUGGAGCAAAAGAGCCACACUGAUAAUGUAAAAAUGUGUCCAAAGGAACCUAGGUCUAAUUAGAUUGCUAGUGAGUGAAAAUACCGAGGAAAUUUUGGCUUGUUUUUUUUUCUUUAGUGUGCUGUCUUGCGCUGUACUGUAAUAAAUUUUUGCUCGUCAGCACUACUGUGUGGUAUGUGGGAGGUACUUCACUGCACAUAGUUGCUGCAGUGCUGAGAGUUGGCAGCACAGAAGGCAGUACAAAGAGUCCAAGUGGAGGCGCUUGCAGUUGCAACGUUCCCUUGGAGGCUGUGGCAUGCUCAGGGAGCUGCAGGAGCGCUCCCGACACGGUUAGCUGCUUGUGUGGAGGCGUGGGCGUUCCAGCAGGCUUUAACAGGCAGAUGUAGGCUGCUGGCUGAGAGGUACAACAGCGUAGUGCAGGCUGGCUGAAAAAUAGUACUCAUGCUGCUGUGUAAACAAAACACGAUCUUAGUGUCAAGAUGGCCGACCUGGAGGUCUACUUGUAGCUCCUGAUACUUAUGCAAAUGAGCUGCAUGUCAGUGGUUUACUCAGAGGAGGAAGCUCAUUUUGCACGUGCCACCUUCUCACCAGGGUCAAGAUGGAUAGCACAGAGGAACCUCAGAAAAAAGUCUUUAAAGCACGAAAAACAAUGAGAGUAAGUGAUCGACAACAACUUGAAGCUGUCUAUAAGGUUAAAGAGGAGCUGUUGAAGACAACUGAAGUUAAACUGUUAAAUGGAAAGCAUGAGAAUGGAGAUUCUGAUUUAAAUUCCCCUUUAAGCAGUACAGACUGUACAGAGGACAAGAAGGAAGUCAAUGGCCUAGUGGAAUUGUGUGUUAAGUCUGAAGAAGGCAGGACAGCUUCUGAGGAAAUCAGUGAAUCCCAAAGCCCUGAAAGUAGGGCAGGGAACAUAGUCAAUGACAUAAAACCCAAACCUCUAACGCUGUCUCCAGAGAAUGUUACUCCUGAGCAAGAUAAAGAUACUGGUACUGCUUUAGCUUGUGAGGCUGAAAAUGGAAUGCUUGGUAGCAAUAAAGAUGACUUCUGUGAAGAAAAUAAUAAAAAAGAUCAUUUGGAGGAAAGAAAGAGUGACAUCCUGUCAGAAGGUGAAAGUAAAUCAGUCUGUGAUAGUAGUGACUCUUCUCAAGAGAAGGGAGAAACAAAUGACUUAACUAUUAGUUCCAGUUCAUCUGGUGAGGAGAAAAGGACUGGAGAGGUAAGUGUAAAAGAUGCUGUUGGAGAAGAAGCCAUCUCUAGCAGGAUGGAAGCUGACCAGGAACCCAAGGACAAGCAAGUUGGUACUGCAGAUCUUUCAGAAACCACUAUUCAGAAGACAGUAGAUGAGCCAAGUGAAAGUAUCUUGGACCAUACUGGCUCUAUGGAAACAGAUGAAAUUAUUCCAAUUUUGGAAAAACUAGCACCUGCUGAAGACAAACUGAGCUCUCUUUUUCCAGUGGAUGACACGGUCCCAGACUUAGAAGAUAAAACAGAUAGCUGUUUGGGUUCGCCUUCCAAGCAGGAAAGCAAUGAAAGUCUGCCAAAAGAGGCUUUCUUAGUACUGUCUGAUGAAGAUGAUCCCUGUGAUGAGAAGGAGGAACGUGCUGAAGAGAUACUACCGAAAAAGUCUUGUCUUCCAGAAGAGGUGGUGGAGAGAAGAAAGGAGAGCGAGGAGGAUAAAGAAGAGGCCCACAAAGAAGAAGAGAAACACAUAGAGAGAGGUGAAGUGUUAAGGAGAAAGCGUUCCAAAUCUGAGGACAUGGACAAUGUUCAUUCUAAACGUCGUCGAUACCUGGAAGAAGGUUAUGAAGCAGAACUCCAAGUAAAAAUUACAGCCAGAAAGGAUGUUGACCAAAAAUUACAAAAGAUUAUCCAGAAACUGUUAGAAGAAAAACUUACUGCUUUACAGUGUGCUGUAUUUGACAAGACUCUGGCAGACUUGAGAACCCGAAUAGAGAAAGUAGAAUGUAACAAGAGGCAUAAAACUCUGCUGACUGAACUACAGGCUAAAAUUGCUAGAUUGACAAAGCGGUUUGGAGCAGCCAGGGACGACUUGAAGAAAAGACAGGAAAAUUCACAAAAUGCACCUCUGUCUCCAGGGAAAGUAACAAAUGACAAUGCAAAUGCAAACAAUGUGAUCUAUCGGAAUGCUGGAACAGUGAGGCAGUUGUUGGAGUCUAAGAGGAAUGUAGGAGAGAGCACACCAGCAACUAUUCAGGCCCCUGUGAAUGCAGUGCCAGCUUCCAGUAUUGCUGCUCCUCCAACAGUUGUCAGUGGACAUGCUAAGCCUCAGCCUCCAGUGACCUCCACCAGCUCUUUGACAACGACAAUUCUUCCCACAGCUAACACAGCUACAGUUGUCGGCACUAACCAAGUGCCCAGUGGCAGCACUCAGUCGGUGUCGGUCUCAUUGCAGUCCUUACCCGUAAUCUUCCACGUACCCGUUGCAGUGUCAUCUCAGCCUCAGCUCCUGCAAGGCCACACGGGAACUUUGGUCACUAACCAACAGUCAGGCAACGUUGAAUUUAUAUCUGUACAAAGUUCAUCUGCAGUUGGUAGCCUUACCAAAACUACAGUGUCUCUGGCAUCAGCUAACUCAGCUAAACCAAAUAACAGCCCAUCUGUGCCCAGCCCUGGUAUUCAAAGGAACUCUCCAGCCACUGCUGGGUCAAUAGGCACAACGUUGGCAGUACAGGCUGUUUCUACUGCACAUCCUGUUCCCCAGGCCGCAAGGACUUCUUUGCCCACAGUGGGUACUUCAGGACUUUAUAAUGCCACCAGCAGCCGACCCCCCCUACAGAUGAAGAUUCCCCUCUCUGCAUUUAAUAGUACAGCUCCUAUUGAACCACCCACCGUUACAGUGCCCAGAGUUGAAAACCAGACAAGCAGGCCACCAACAGAUACUUCGACAAACAAGCGAACUGCUGAAGGAACGACACAGCAGUUGAAACAGGAAGAGACUUCAUCAGAAAAUAAAGAAGCGGUAGAAGCAGCACAGACGAAUUUUAACUUCCCCGAGGAUGUCCUCUUUGGCUUGGAGGAAGAGGAAGAAGAUGCUAAGAGCAUCAAAAACACCCACAAGCAGACUGGCUGGGCAGCUAACCUCUUAAAACAAUGGCUGACCAAAAAUGGCAAGGAUCCUAGCUUUGAAUUGGUCCCAGUAAGUGAACUCAAUGAUAUCUUAAGAGAGUUCUAUUAUACAAUAAGGAAUCAUGAUGGAAAUACCUACAGUGUGGCAAGCUACAAGUCAAUGCGUGCUGGCUUAAACCGGCAUCUCAAAAUGCCACCUUAUAAUCGUCAGAUUUGCUUAAUGAAGGACAAAGAGUUUGCUAGCGCAAACACGGUAUUUGUGAGCAUGCUGAAGAUGCUGCGCAUGCAGGGAAAGGAUGAGACUCACCACCGUCCUCCUAUAGCUGCUGAGGACUUGCGUAAGAUCAAACAAUCUGGUGUGCUGGGACUGCACAGCCCACUGGCACUCGUCAACAAGGUGUGGUUUGAUUUGCAGUUGCAUUUUGCCAAACGAGGGAGGGAAAUUCUAAGAGAUCUGGCUCCAGAUGCUUUCGUUGUUGAGAAGGACAAGAAUGGGCGUCGAUAUGCCAUGUUUAGGUAUCCUGGCAAAGGAAAAAAUGGAGAAGAUCCUCGUAAAAUGGGUAAAAUGUAUGAUAUGCCAGGGGACCCAAACUGUCCUGUUUUUUCCUUGGAGCUGUAUUUGUCUAAGUUGCCUCCGGAGCCCCCUGCCUUUUACCUGCAUCCUUUAAAGCUAACGUCAGAGCAAAUGCAAGAACAGCCUGUCUGGUACAAAAGAGAACCAAUGGGUGUGAACUACUUAGGUACCAUGAUGCCCAGGAUAAGUGUGGCAGCCAGGCUCUCUCAGCGCUAUACCAAUCAUUCUCUCCGAACUACCACUAUCCAGCUACUGUGUGAAGCAGGACUGGGGCCUAGAGAAAUCAUGGCAGUGACGGGCCAUCGCUCUGAGUCUGCUAUUAGGCACUGCUGGGGAGCUGCGGAAGUUCACUACAGAGCUUGGUCAGAUGUAAUGGAGAAUAACCCCCCCAGUUACCUGUAUAGCAAGAGCCCAGGUGAAGUGGUAAAAGAAUCACUAUCUGGUGCCUCCACCUCUUCUAUAAACCACACUGUUGUAGAACAAAGCAAAAUUUUGUUCCCUAAGAAGCCUGUGGUUCCACCUGGCACUAAUUCUGUGACUUUAGUCCCUGAGGGACACACAGCUCUGAAUUCCAAGAGCACUGUCCUGUUGAACCACAGUUCUUCCAAGGUGUUUCUCCCCAAGAACAUGGCCGGUGGUAACCCGACUGACAGUCCCUUUCAAGGCUGUUGUAAGGAACCUGUCUUUGUAAAGCGUGUGAUAAAACAAGAACCAAUGACUUGAUGCUUCUGUAAUGGAACGGAUUUCAAAUGAAUUCCUAAAGUGGAAAAAAAUAUCAGUUUUGUUUUUUCAUUUGGUAUCCUAAGGAAAUUUCUUAUGCUCUAGUUCAGCAAGAAGUAUCUGAUGUGCACUCCUGAAGUGAGCUAUGGCACCGAUGCUUAAACAGAGCAAAGCUUGGAGUUUGUUUGACUUUCUCUGGCAGCUGGGACUCUUUAAGUGGCCGAACCAGAGCUGUUUUAAAAAAAUGAAAGGGAGAUAUUGAUUUCCACUUAGCUGAAGAGCUAUGCUUUCUUCACUAAGUGCAUGGCUUUUAUAUUUUGUGAAGAGUGUAUUUAUUAUACCAUUUUGUGCCUGCUGGCACUAAUGUAGCAUCUUACAAAUCAAAUACUUGAUUACUGAAGAGCACAGAGAAAGUAGAAGCUGAAUCUAAUAGAUGCAGAUACACUACAAAUACAUACAUAUGCAUGAAAACACCUGGAAUUGCUUGACCACUGUCAUCUUCUCUGUUCAGAUUGGUUUUGGACCUACCAGAGGAUUGUGCCUUUUAUUUUUUAAACAUUCUUCUAAAUGGAUUUUCUCUGUGAGCUACAGAUUUGUAUGGAAGGUCGUUCCUUUUCCUAUGAAGUAUUUCUGGCUAAGAUUUCAGUCAUUCUGUUCUCCAAAGGCACUACUCGAUACAAAUGAUAUUGAAAUUGGGGUCUUCUUCAGUUGUGCUUGUAAUGGGGAAAAUGUUCUGAAAAGAGUCCAGAACACGUUUGUUGCUUAAAUGGCAAGUAAUUAGAGUUGAAGUGUUGUUUCUCUAUGUGGUUAUAUUGUGAGAGGUUUUUCUGUAUUCCCACCUGCUCUUUCCCUUACAUUUCACAUUGUCUUGCAGUCUAGUCAGCAUAGUAUUUAUCAAUAUAGUGUAAUUCACAACAAGCACAUCCUGCUCUUUCCCACCAAAUCCUAUCCAAAUACUAUUUUUGGAUUUAACUUCUUUAGAUUAAUUCACUGUAGUAAACAACGUAUCAUUACAUUUUCCCUAGGGGAUUUUUACAGUUUAGAAAUUCUCAGGGUAGUGGAUGUGAACUCUGUCUGAGAAAUGAAAUUGGAGUUUAAAAGGCUCUUUAAUGAUGAAAAAUUACAAAUUAGGAGGGCUUACUCAUAGUUAACUUCUAAUGAAUCACACUUGAGUGUCUAAUUCAUGGUUUGGCUCUGCCAUUCUGUGCUAUGGUUUUCAUCAGAGAUUCUGACAAACUGAGAGAUCUUCCUGUAAGUAAAAAUGGAAAACUGGUCAUCAAAUCACAAAUUAUGGUAGGUCCACUUUGGAAGAAAAAACAGUCUAGCAUUUAAAACUGUUUUCUAUUAUAUUAACUGAAUGAAAUAAGAAAGGCUUCAUCCUUUCAAAAUGCAUGUGUAUAUGUAUGUACACACAGGCACCACCACCCCCCCACACCCCCCCACACACCCCCCCCCGGUUUAUCACACCAGGGACUUUACUGGAAGUGUUUAUUUUGCUGGUCAGUGGACGAAUAGAGGAAAAUUCCCAGCUGAAAUAACAAAUUGACCAUUAUAAACUCCUAAGUCUGUGGAGAACGUCCUUGCUGGGAAAGGCUUUCAAAUAUGCAUGAGAUUUAUCCCUUUGUUAUAGUCUGAACAGAGAACUUGAUGCAUGAACUUUGGAGUUUUUCUCUUGGCUCAUAAUGUUUACCUUUUCGGCCUUGGGUAGGUUAUUUGUACUUACUGCAUCAAUUUUCCAAAGUGUAAGACCAGCACAGCGUUCCAUUUUCUGAUGGAUUGCAUUAAAGAUUAAGAGGUUUUCAAAGUGCUACAUCCAUCUUAUGUAUUGUGUUUACAGUCACUUUUGUGUGCUCUUGUUAUAAUGAUUGAGCUAGUUGAUCAGAUGUAAUUGUUAAUAUACAAAUUACACCUGCACAAUCCUACACUUCUUUAGUUGCAGCAUUAACUUAUGCCAUCAAUGACUAGAGAAAGGAAAUAAUGGUUGCAGGUUUAUAAUUUUGUCAAGCCUAUAGUAAAUCAAAUGGAAAUGGUAAAGGAAGUAAUGCUUUCUAAUAGCUAGAAAGAAGAAAAACU